AGGAGUGGCGAAGCGAGGCGCACUCUGGGCAAGGAAUCGAGAAACACUCGAGCAGAGACCGGCCGGUACUGCGGUGCAGAGACCACCAGUGGUCCGGGAGUCAGUGUGCUAGAGCUGGAGCGCUGGAGCCGAUGGCAGCGACCGCGAGACUCGUUGCCGCCGCCGCCGUGGUGGCCGCGCUGGCCGUCGUGACGCCGGGGACGUCGGCGGCGUGCGUCGCGGCCAAAGACGAUGCCGCGCCCACGCCCACGGACGCGGAGCUGUGCGAGCUGUUCGGCGGCGCGUCCUGCCCGCGGACGUGGACGCAGAGGGGCGGCAGGGCGGUGAGGCAGGCCGAGGACCUCAACACGGACGAGAUCUGCAAGAUCUUCGGCGGGCCGUCGUGCCCCGCCGACGACGACAAGGUGUACGAACCGUGUACGUGCCGCGGGGGCAGUGCCGGCAGUGCGGGGUGCCAGUGCGUGCCGUACUACAUGUGCCCCGGCCGCCUCGACGACAAGGGCGACGAGGAAGACAGCCUCAUCGACAUCCGCCAGCAGACCCGAGACAACUCGACGUGCGACCACUACCUGCACGAGUGCUGCCUCCCCUCCGGCCCGCCGAGCGCCGAGACCGCCCCGAACCCAAGCCCAUCCACGCAGGGGCCUCGAGACGCCUCCACGCCCGCGCCCCCGCAGCUCUGUGGGGUGCGCAACAGACUCGGCGUCGGCACCCGGAUUUCGGGCGGAUUGAACGACGAGACCAACUUCGGUGAAAUCCCCUGGAUGGUGGCCGUCUUCAGGAAGCGCGGCGACGGGGCCGAGUACCUGUGCGGCGGCGGCCUCAUCGCCCCCAACGUGGUCCUCACCGCGGCCCACUGCGUCAUAAACGACGUGUCGGGCUCCAGCCUGUUGGUCCGUGCGGGCGAGUGGGACUCCCGGACGGAGGCCGAGGUCUACAAGCACCAGGACCGCGACGUGGAGAACGUCAUUAUCCACCCCGACUACAAGCGCAAGACGCUGCACAACAACAUGGGGCUGCUGGUGCUGAGGGAGCCCGUGAGGAUCGGCUACCACAUCGGCACCAUCUGCCUGCCCGAACAGGACCAGAACUUUGACUUCAACACCUGCCUCGUUAGCGGCUGGGGCAAAGACAAGUUCGGCAAGGAUGGCGUGUACCAGAACAUCCUGCGCCUCAUCGAGGACCUGCCCGUGGUGCCACACGCCGAGUGCCAGGACAAGCUGCGCCGGACCAGGCUGGGGGCCAAGUUCAUCCUCCACAAGACCUUCAUGUGCGCGGGCGGCAUCCAGGGCCGGGACGCCUGCACGGGCGACGGAGGCAGCCCGCUGGUGUGCCCGAUGACACAAGACGACGACUCCCGCUACGUGUACGCCGGCAUCGUGUCGUGGGGCAUCGGCUGCGGCACGGCAGACGUGCCGGGCGUGUACGCCGACGUGGCCAUGUUCAGGACGUGGAUCGAGGAAGCGCUCGCGCCGUACAACAUUCAGCUGUGCUCGUCGUGAAACUUCGCAGCAGAGACAAUGAGGCCGUGCAACCCGUUGCGUCUAGACGCCAAACUUGCCUGAGACCCGCUGCCGGAGUACCACGAGUACAGCCCGCGGCAGUAGUUGAGGCCCGGCUCGCCGCGCUGGCUAGCGGCCUCGGCCGCGUCCAGGAAGGGCAGGCAGGA